UUUGCUGAACAGGAAUCUAAGGUGAAGAAGAUCAAGUCCAAGAAGGAGAAGAAAGACAAGAAGUUAGACGAUGAGCAUUUUCUUCUGACUGGAGCCACACUCUCAGACAAAAAAGGAAAGAACAAGGAGGAGGAGAGGAGCGCCAAGCCUCUGGACCGGGAGAAGAACAAAGGAUUCUGGGACAGCAUCACCAUGACGAUGCGGCAGAUCACCCCCACCCGCAAGAUGGACAAGAUGGAGGGCUGGGAGCCGCCACAGCUGCCUGGUGAGCCAGGAGACGAGAACGAGCCGCAGAAGGCCGAGGCGAAGAAAGACACUUCACCCACCACCGCCACUACUGCCCCUGUUGCCCCUGCCAUCCCUGCCCUCCCUGCCCUCUCCCUGUCCCCCCCUCCUCUCUCCUCUCCUCUGUCUCUCUCGCUGCCCUCCUGGAGGGCUGGCGUGACUCUGGAGGACUGGCGCUAUGCCAGCCUGGCAGACUGCACGGCCACCGCCGCCCCCGCAGGUGGCCAGCGCAAGGGCUCCGGGGCAGGCCUGGCAAAGGGCAGCGCCGUCCAGUGGGCAGCGCGCGCCAGGGGCAAGCUGGCGGGCAUCAGGAGGAGGAGUCACGGAAAUGUGUCGGAGAACAUGUGGGAGGGGCUUAAGUGAAUGGACAGGGUGGGACAACACCACCCCUCCCUACACACACACACACACACACUCACACGCACACACUCACACGCACACACACUCUCUCUCACACACUCACACACACACAAAUCAUGUACACACACACACACGCACACACACACACACAGUACUCUGCUUGUACUGUAGCGGGAUACAUGUGUGUCUGAACUUGAAGUUGAAAAGGUUUGCCUCUGGCUAAGCACCUAUCACAGAGUGUUAUAUGGCAAGCUCCAGUUCUUGGUUUGCUCUGGCUAAGCACCUAUCACAGUCUUACAUGGCAAGCUCCAGUUCUUGGUUGGGGGCCCCUUUUGCAAUGGAGCUUUUUGCCAAACCCAUUCCCCAUUGGUGGUGGCGGUGGGGAUAAGUGCCUUAGCUGCAGCCGGCUCACCAGGGGGGUCUGAAGCGAGUACAGAGAUGUCGGGUGGGACACUUUGGAAAAGGGGCCUCUUAAGAUCAGGACACAAGUGUUGCUGGGACUGGCAGUUGAGACUGGGCGAGUGGAUAAGUGUGUGUGUGUGUGUGUGUGUGUGUGUGUGUGUGUGUGUAGGGGGUUGGGACGUAGUAUUAAACACUGAAGUAAUCUUUACAUAGUUUUGUGUUAUUGUCUCAUGUCAAAACUGACACACGGGAGCAGAAGUAAAACUCUGUGUGUACACUGGACUGACUUUAAAGGCCAGCUAUGGGGAAGAAGAUGGGACAAUCAAAACGAUAAACAACCAAACCAAACAUACAGACAGUCCCCCAAUGGCCUAUAAAAUUACUAUCCGAAAGAGAGGUCUUUUGUUGACAAAUAUCCACACAGAUUAGAAUGAAUGUGAGAAUAUUAGAUAAGCUGAUUUAGUGUUUAUUAUUCAAAAUGUUCAUUUAAGCUAUAUUUGCAGAACAUUGUCAUGAGAUGUAGUUUGUUUAGCUCAUUCUGGCUGUGCAUUCUCCUGUUCUAGUUUUUGCGGACUUCAUCAGUUGAUGGCGGUUUCAUCAAGCUUGUGACAGUAUUUUCAACUGUUCACUCAUCAUGUAGGCCUUAAUGCAGCGUUUGGGCAAUUGGCCUUAGGAUGAGCGGUUGUGUUGUCCAUGUCCUUCAGCAAUUUUGAUUAUCCUCACUGUUUUAUUACAAUCAUGAAAUGUAAAUGUAUGAUGAUGUGUGUACUGUUUGAGAGAGCUAUUUUAUAAAACUUCAAAUGUAUAAUGGAGAGCGAAUAACAACUUCAGCACCUUGCUGGUGACCUGUAAUACAAAAUGAGUGCAAGACAACUGUCAGUACUUUUUUUCUACGUCUGAGAAAGUUUCAAACUCUGACCUUCAUUCUCAGCAUAUUUUUCAAACAGUUACACUGUUUCUCAUUUGGUCUACUUUCUAUUUUUUUGUGUUCAUUUCUCUUCUUGGCACUGGUUUUGUUAAGGGCAGAGGCAGAUCCUGGUCUUAAAUCAGGGGUUGUUUUGAGACAGAUUGUCAAAUAAAGUCCAAUUCUUUA